AUGGGAGAAGCAGAAGCAGAAGCAGGAGGCAAAAAUAAGACGGUUAUCAUUGGAAUUGCUGUGGCCGUCGUCAUUCUUGUAGUAAUUGUCGUAGUCGUAGUUGUUGUGACCAACAAAUCCAAAGCUGCCAAAGCUGCCAAAGCUGGCAAAUCUGCCAAAGAUGCUGCAAGCAAGGGUGCAGCACCCACGAAAGAUGGAGGAAAGAAAGAUCCACCGGCUCAGGCUAAGAAAGAUCCACCGGCCCCGGCCAAGAAAGAUCCACCGGCCCCGGCCAAGAAAGAUCCACCGGCCAAAGAUUCACCAGCUAAAAAAGACCCACCAGCCAAAAAUGACCCACCGGCCAAAAAAGACCCUCCAGCCAAAGAUCCACCUAGUAAGAAGAUCGAUUAA